GUGCCCUCGUCAUCGCCCACAUCAUCAGCAGCAGCAUUACCGCAUAUAUUCGACCCUCUCUUUAAGGAGGUAUUUGUAUUGAGUAAAAUAGCGGAUUCUAUCAUCACACCAUCGACACCGAGUACGGUGAGGAAGAAGAAGAGGAGGAUUACUAACUAUACUCCAACUGCUGGGGAGGGGGAAGAUGAGAAUGACGAGGAAGAGAUUCUAUUGA